CAGUUCACAUCCGACGAACAGAGGGUCGGUGGAGGGUAUACAGAGUCCACUCUUCGCACACUAAAAUUCUCUCUCUACAACCUCACUCCGAAUCAACAUUUUCUCUCUCUACCUCAACGGCGGAGCUCCGGUGACUCGACGGUUGUUUUCCGCCGGAAUGUCGCUUCCCGGCCAUUUUCCCUGCUCCAGUUGGGUCUAUCUCUCUCUCUCUCUCUCUCUCUCUAAUUUACAAUGCAGCUUCUUGUUCAAAAUGUCAGAAUCUUGAUUCUUUUACUUAGAAAAGCUGCGUGAAAAUUGGCUCCAUUUACAGUUUCGUACUGUAUUUUUCUUUUGCUUUCUCCUUGAUCUCGCUCUUUCAAAGCUCGUUCUCCAAUUUUCAUUUGUCUUUCUUUGUAGCUACUUGAAUCUGACUUCACUCUCACUCUCUCUCUUUCUUUCUUACCUUUUUCUUUCCAUUUUUUUCUUUUGUUCAGCUAACUUUUGAAGCUAGAUUCUUCCCUUUUUAUCUCUUUCUUUCUUUUGCCCCUUUCUCCUUGUCUCUGCGUAGACCCAUUUUGAAUCUGUAAAAAGUUGCUUUAUUGGCUUUUGGUCACCUAUUGGGCUCCUCUUGUUCUUAAGAUUAGGGAUUCAGUUCAUAAUUUUUAAUUAUAUUUUUGGGUUUUCUUUUAGAAUGUUUAUCUUGUGGUUACCAGGUAAAUUCAAUGUACGUCACCCGAGACUCUGAUUUUAUGGCCUUUUUUUGCUCUUUGAACUCUCUAUCCACCAUGAAAUUCCAUAGCUGUUUACCUCAUUGAAGGUGAUCUUAAACCUAACUAUUCUGGGUCAACUUCUCAGAAGCAGAUCCUUGAUUUUUUGCAGCCUAAAUAUUCAGCAUCACUGCAACCAAGGGAUUAAAGGUAUUGAGAUGAAUGGGAUUCAGAGAAGAAAAGUUAGUAAUAAUGAAAAGCCUUUCCCUGGCUGUCUGGGAAGAAUGGUGAACCUCUUUGAUCUGAGUACGGGUGUCUCUAGGAACAAGCUUCUUACUGAUGCACCACAUCGUGAAGGUUCUACUCCAAGGAAUCAGGCUGACAUGGCAAGGAUGUUUAAUCACUCCACAAAUCAGACUGAAGAUAAUCGGAGUCGGACAAUGCCAGAAUUGCAGAGAGCAUCAAAUAAGAGAGCAAAUGGAACACCUGUGAAGAUGCUUAUAGAUCAAGAGAUGUCCGAAAUGGAGUGUACACAAAAUCCACCCAAUGUGGUUGCAAAGCUAAUGGGGCUUGAAACUCUCCCUCACCAGCUUCCUGGUUCAUCUGUUCAAAGAAAUAAUGUUAGAAGUUAUCCGAAGAGUAAAAUUGAAAACCAUGGAAAGCCAUUAGGAUGCACGGAACAAAGUGAUUUAUUAGAAGAGGGAAUGAAAUGCCAAGUCAAUGAAUGUUCAGAGCAGAAAGAAUGUAAAGAUGUUUAUGAAAUAUGGCAGCGAUCUCCACAGGCAAAUUAUAUUAGAGAAAAACGGCCAAAGGGAAUAGAAAGUGAAGUUGUGAAUGAUAGAAAGAUGGCUCUUGUUCGCCAGAAGUUUGUAGAAGCAAAACGUCUGGCUACAGACGAGAAACUGCGGCAAUCCAAAGAAUUUCAAGAUGCACUAGAAGUUUUAAGUUCCAAUAAAGAUUUAUUUGUCAAGUUUCUGCAGGAGCCAAAUUAUUUGUUUACUCAGCAUCUGAAUGAACUCCAGUCCAUCCCUCCAUCUCCUGAGACAAAGCGCAUCACUGUUCUUAGACCUUCAAAGGUGUCUAGGGAUGAAAGAUUUACUGAAUUUGAGAAACAAAGCUAUAGACAAGCCAGGCUGCCAGUUCAGAGGGGUCAGUCAGCUACUUUGGAUAAAAGUGAUUCAAAACUUUCUCCUACUCCAGCUAUUAAUAGGACUAAUGAAUAUGCAGUAGCUGUUCAACCAACAAGAAUAGUGGUUUUAAAGCCAAGUCCUGGGAGGAAUCAUGAUAAUAAGCCUAUAGUCUCAUCGCCUGGUUCAUUGCCUAGAGUGGUGCAAGAUGGAAGUUUCAAUGAAGGAUAUGAAGAUGUUGAUGUGAAGGAAUCAAGAACAUUUGCAAGGAAUGUUACUCAGAAAAUGUGUGACAAUCUCUUGGGUCAUCGAAGGGAUGAAACUUUGCUAUCUUCCGUGUUUUCAAAUGGUUAUACUGGUGAUGAAAGUUCAUUUGAAAAAUCCGAGAAUGACUAUGCAGUAGAAAAUCUGAGUGACUUGGAAGUCAUGUCUUCCUCUUCUCGUCAUUCUUGGGAAUAUAUCAACAGAUAUAGUAGCCCAUAUUCUUCCUCCUCAUUCAGCCGAAUAUCAUGUUCUCCAGAGUCAUCAGUGUGCAGAGAAGCUAAGAAGCGACUGUCGGAAAGGUGGUCCAUGAUGACGACACAUGGGAACUAUCAAGAGCGUAGGCAUGUUAGGAGAAACUCAAGUACAUUGGGUGAGAUGCUUGCACUGUCAGAUGCAAAGAAAUCAACAGUAACGGAUAAUGUAGUUAAUGAACAUGAACCAAGUGAGUUAGAUCACUGUUUUAAUAGUGAUGAAAACAUAGAAUGUCUGGAUGAUUCUCCCACAACACUUAUGAAGUCAAAAUCUGUUCUGGGAUCUUCUGCAUUGUUUGGUGUGCUUAAUCUUGAAGCAUCAGAUCUUGAGACCAUCAAAACUGAUGAUCCAAAGUUGCUAGCAAAGUCAAAGGGUGUUAAGUCAUCAUUUAAUGAGAAAGUUUCAAGUUUAUUUUUCUCUAGGAAUAAGAAAACAAGUAAAGGAAAAUAUAGUGGAUCUCAAACAAAAGAUGAACCCCAAUCUUGUAGUGCCGGAACACUCUCAUCCUCAGCUUUCAUCCAUCACUCUAGAGGUUUGAGUAAUGCUGCAUCUCAUUCUAACGAUGGUGAAGGGUGCUCAUCAGGCACUUCUUUCCUACAUUUAACUAAUGUGGUUGCAAGAGGAGGUGCAGUUCAUCAUGAGGUGGGGUUGUCUGUAAAAAGGCCCUUCGUAUCUGGAAAUGUUGGUGAAAAUCAGGAGCAGCCAAGUCCAAUAUCCGUUCUGGAACCACCGUUUUUUGAAGAUGACAACGCACAUCUAGAAUUGUCCAGCUAUUUGAAGCCAAGGAAUCAGGAGUUCUGUAUGCCAUUCAAGAAUAGCCUCAUCGACAAAUCACCACCUAUAGAAUCAAUUGCUCGUAGUAUAUUUUGGGAUGGUUCUUAUUCAGAUUCAUCUGCUCCUUGUGCACUCAAAUCUUCACCCGUUUCCACUUGUCUGGAGGAAGAACAAAACUGGCAUUGCCUUGUCAAAGCCCUUCUUACAAUGUCUGGUCUCAGUAGUGAAGCACAACAAUGUGGCUUAUUGUUUACUAGAUGGCAUUCGCAUGUCAAUCCACUAGAUCCAUCGCUUAGAAACAAAUAUGCCAAUCUAAGCAGCAAAGAGCCGAUGCUUGAGGCCAAGCAAAGGCAGGUGCGAUCAAGUAGGAAGCUUGUGUUCGAUUGUGUCAACGCUGCCUUGAUUGACAUAACAAGUCAGGAACUAGAUCACAGGCAAACCAAAAUAUCUAGCAGGGCCCAUGACAGCAAUUUUGCAGAGGACACAUCACUAACAUUAUUGGACUGUGUUAUGGUCAAACUGAAGGAUUGGGUUUGUGGUGAACCUAGAUGUGUUACAGGAGACAUUGGGGACAGCAACAGCCUGGUGGUGGAAAGAGUAGUCAGAAAAGAAGUUGGUGGAAGAAACUGGGAUGAGCAUUUCAAGAUGGAAAUGGAUAAUUUGGGGAAGGAAGUAGAGAGGAGAUUACUGGAAGAGCUUUUGGAAGAAGCUGUUGUUGAAUUGACAGGUAAAGUUUAAUUAGAAUUUGCUUUUCUGUUGUGUUCCAAAUCAAUUCAUAACCUCUCACCUUUGUAUCUGAUAUUCAAUAAUGAUGGUCCUCUGAUUUAUUUACUGUAUGUUUAGCUAAGUCUACCUACUUACCUCUAAUAUUCAUUUUGUGAAAAUCCAUCAAAUAUAAUAGAAAGCAAAAGCUUUAUUUUGAUCA